GAAGAAGAUUCUGGUUCAAAUAGCACAAAGCGUAUAUUCUAAGGCAGUCAGGAUGAGCGACAGUGACGACGAUCUUUUAGAGUUAGCUGGAAUUGGAUCCGACGAGGAAAGCGAUUACGAGCCAAAGGUGGCGGCAGGAAGACGCAAGACUGCAAAGAGAACUAUCGAAGAAGAUUCCGAGAACGAAGAUGACGACGAAGAGCUGAACCCAGAAGAAGACCCGUACCCUCUUGAGGGAAAAUACAAGGACGAGGAGGACAAGAUGAGAUUGAUGCAGAUGGAUGAAGUCUCUAGAGAAGGGAUUCUCUACGACCGUAUACAGGAGAAGGAAACAUUCAGAGAAAGAAGAUUCUUGGCUUUGCGGGCGAGACAGAGCAAGGCUGAGUCUCAAACUAUUGAGAAGGGUUCUACUUCUAAGAAACUGAGAACCAGCAAGCUCUCUGAGUUGAAAAGACAGAGGGAAAAGAAGUCCGUGAAAGAAGACAGGAAGAGAAGAGGCGACGGAGACUAUAUGGAUGUCGACGACGAGGAUGACGACGACGAGGAUGACGACGCAGAUCUUAAGGAGCUUGCUGGGUACGGUGAUGAAGAUGAAGAGGAAGAUUACUACUCUGACGGAUACAGCGCCUCUAGAAAGGGCUCUUUGAGGGCGAAAGCAGAGUUCAACCAGUCUCAGUACCAGGAUGCUACUUUAGACGACAUCAACAACAAGAUCAGGGCUACAAGGUCUGUACUUGAAAAAUUCUUAUACCGUGAAGAGUUCGACGCUUGUAUUCCUGGAACUCUCGUUAGAGUCAACAUCGGUCCCUCGAAGGCCACUGGUAGGCCACAGUAUAGGAUGGCUUUGGUUGAGGAAGUGAGAAGAGGUGGUAAACCAUACAAAUUGUUUGGCAAGCCUUGCAACACCUAUCUAAAAGUAUCACAGGGUGAUUCGGCAACUGUGGUGGAGCUGUCCUGCUUGUCUAAUUCCCCUUUCACAGAGGAAGACUUUGAUAGCUAUAAGAAAAGAGUUUCAACAUCGAAAAAGCAAUCUCUGCCAAGCGUGGGAUACGUCGAAGACAAAUUCAACGAGUUGAAAAAUAUGUCCAACAAAAGAUUGACGGAUGAGGACAUUAACAGAAUGAUGGCAAGGAAGGAAGAGUUAUCAGUCUACGAAAUGAAUACUGCAGCAAGAGUCAGAAAGUUGGGGAGAUUGAGAGAGGAGCUUCAGGUCGCUUUGGAACAAGCCAAUCAACAGAGAGCAGAUACGCUUCAAAGUGAGAUUAGCCAGUUGGAAAAUUUUUUCAAGGGAACACAGAAUACUUCCAAAUUAGAGCAGAUCAAUAUCAGAAACCAAAAGUCUAACCAAGAAUUCAUCAGAAAGGCAGAAAAGAAGUUAGUAGAAACAAAACGGAAACAACUGCAGAAUAAUGAUUUCAGUGAUCCAUUUAGUAGAUUGAGAACGAACCCUAAAGUCUUUUACAAAUCUGCCUACACAGAGGACGAAAAUACUCAGAAAAGUGAAGAAAAAGCUGCGGAAGAAAAUGAUAAGAAUAAAAUUAAGAAUAGUGUAUUCAGAAGAGAAGGUAUUGACGCUUUAAUCAAAGACAUAAACAUUGAUCUCGAAUUUGAUAUAUAAGUGUUUUUUUCUGUCUAAUUUACAUUUAUGUAUUUGUACUUGUAACUAUUGAUGUAUGAUAAUAGCUCAACCAAGAGUCUAAGCAAAGGCAAUACUUUCCGACAAAAAGUUCUUCUGUGUUUCUGACAAACAGCUAUUAUAAAUGCUUUCAAAAUCGGCAAUGUUCUUGGAUGUGCACUCUUUGAAAAAUUCUAUCAAGAGUUGUCGCAUAUCGUUGUCUGUCGCAUCGCUUCCUCUCUUGGUAGUGCCAUCAUCGUCAACAUAGGACUUCAGCUGAUCAAAAGUAGCCUCUCCCCGCCCUUCCAUGUCUUCCCAGUCAUCUUCUUUCUC